AUGGCGGACGAGAUUAAGCUCGAUGUUGAGAUAAGACUGUCGCACGACGAAUCGGGAAAGGAUCAUGCUAACUAUGAACUCGUCGACAAAGAGCUUGCCAAAUAUGCCGGCGAUGUCCCGGUCCACAUCGACACGGCUACCAAUACUCGGCUCAAGAAACUGAUCGAUCGUCGCAUUUUGGUUGUCAUGAUUAUAACGUAUUUCCUGCAGAGUCUGGACAAAGGAGCGCUUGGAUUUGCUUCCAUCAUGGGGAUUCGGGAAGACACAAACCUCCAGGGCCCUCAGUACUCUUGGUUGACUACCAUUAUUUACCUGGUCAUCCUAACGGUGGAAUACCCGGAGAACCUGAUAAUCCAGCGAGCCCCAAUUGCUAAAUGGCUUGGAAUCAAUGUCAUAUUGUGGGGAGUCACUGUCACUCUCACUGCUGCGUGUCACAACUUCGCCGGACUCAUCACAGUUCGAGCUUUUCUCGGAGCCUUCGAAGCUGUCUGCCAACCCACCUUUACUGUGCUGUCUGCAAUGUGGUACAGACGUGAAGAACAAUCAAAGACGGUCGUUCUAUGGUACAUGAUGAACGGCCUGCAGCAAAUAUUCGGGGGGCUCAUUGCCUUCAUCUUUACCCAUGUCCCAUCUUCAUCCCCUGUCAAGGAUUGGCAAGCCUUGUUCAUGACCCAUGGCAUUAUUGCAGUCAUCUGGGGAAUUUUCAUCAUCUGGUGGAUGCCCGACUCACCGAUGAAGGCCAAGUGUUUCAGCGAAGAGGACAAGAAGUUGAUGGUUGAGCGGGUUCGUGAUAAUCGCACCGGUGUACAAAACAAAAGGUUUCGUAUCGAGCAGGUCAAGGAUGCCUUUACAGACCCGCAAGUAUACGCCUUCAUCCUCAUCCAGAUCCUCACAACUCUCCCCUCAGGCGGAAUGGGUGCCUACGCUGCCAUAGUAGUUUCCUCCUUCGGCUAUAGCACCUGGAAAACCCAGCUCCUGCAAAUGGUUACAGGUGUCGUCCAAGUCGUCUCCAUGCUAACAGGCGUCUGGAUCGAGCGCAAGUACAAUUCAACCAUCUGGCCCUCCGUCGCCUCGGUUAUGCCCACCAUCGCGGGCGCCGCCGCCAUGUGCGCCACGCCCUUCACGCCCAAUAAGCGCGUGGGGCUGCUCAUAGCUUGGUACUGCAUGUACAGCUUCUGGGCAGGUGUGGGACUGGCACUGUCGCUUAUUACGCGGAAUACGGGCGGGCAGACCAAGAAGUCGGUUGUGGUCUCUUUGACGUUCAUUGCGUGGUCGACAGGGAACUCGAUUGGGCCGCAAGUAUUUCGGGAUCAGAAUGCGCCAAGGUAUUUCCCGGCUUUCGCAGUGAUAUUGACUUCGUUUGUGGCAUUGGAGGCGGUUCUGGUUGCUUUGAGGUACUAUUAUGUCUGGCAAAAUAAGAUCAAGGACGGGAAGAUCGCGAGAGGGGAGGCAAUCGCAGAUGUUGAUGGGAUUCAUGGGUUUGAGGAUAUCACGGAUCGGGAAAACGUGAACUUCCGAUAUGCAUACUAG